UCCCCGUUUAAAAAACUGCGCCGUGUCCCUUUAAAAGCGUCUUACAAAAAGCCCAUAUGAUCCCAGAGCUCCAAUCACCAAUUCCUCCUGCAAAAGCAGCCUCUGCAUUUUUGUCCGUCUGAACGGCUACAGUCCGAGCAGGGAAGCAGACGGAGAAAGCAAAAAUAAAAAUAAAUAAAGCUGCAGAAAUGUGACAAUCCAAGGAUCGUUUUCAUGGCGAAGGGCAAACCGCAGCGAAAGGAGUUAUUCCGGGACUCCUUGGAGCCUCGAAGCGCUGGAUCAAAAUGCUCAUAGUGGAGAAGACCACAGACUUCCCCUCUGCUGAGUUCUCUCUGGUGGAGGAUGUGGCUCUGCACUUCACCUGUUUGAUGGACAGGCUAAAUGAGCAGCGCCUCUUCCAGCCUGACCUCUGUGACGUGGACAUCGUCUUGGUGCGCCAUCACAGCACCUUUCCUGCUCACAAGGGAGUGCUGGCAGCCUACAGUCCCUUCUUCCACUCUCUUUUUGCCCAAAGCAAACAGCUUCGACGUGUGGAUCUGUUGCUGGAUGCUCUGACCUCUCAGGGCCUUCAGCAGAUCCUCAACUUCAUUUACACCUCCAAGCUGCUGGUGAGCAGCAGCACCGUCUGUGACGUGCUCAACGCUGCCACUGUGCUUCAGAUGAGCGACAUCGCUGCAUCCUGUCGAGACCUCCUUAGUACUCAUUCGCUGAGAGCCACCUGUAAAGAGAUGGCCAAUCAGGGGGGGUUUAGCAGCUGUGAGCAAGCAGAGAUGCCUCCCUGCCAGCUCUAUCGGGAGAUCAAACAGGAAUCUGAGCUUGGCAGGGUCUACACGAGAGAAUGCAGCAGCACAUUCUCUGUCAGAGUGGAGGAGGUUGGAAAGAUGGCUGCCCAGACAAAGCAGUACUAUCAGAAAGAAGAAGGAGUAGGGGGGGCCAGCACAGGUGUGACAACUACGUGCAAAGCAGAGGACAAUGUGGAUGGAUCAAUUCCAGCGGAUAGUCACGCUUCCUUCAACAGAGAUCAGAUCAUCGUUGAAGUUAACCUCAACAACCAGACUCUGAAUGUCUCAAAGGGAUCAGAUGGAAAAUCUUCCACAAGCACAGAACCUAUGUUUGGUUGUUGUCAUGAAAAUGAGAGAGACUUUGAUGGCCAUGAAGACAAUGGAAUGGAGAACGGUGAAGGACAUGGAGAGGACGGUGAUGAAGACCUAAAGAAGAGAGGCAUGCUGGGUUGUACUAGUGACGAGGAGGAUGAAGAGGAUGAAGAGGAGGAGGAAAACACCCUAAACAUUCCUGGACUUGAGCAGCCCGCUGUAAUGGAUCGACCUCGCCGGGCCACCAGAGCCUUGACUGUGGCAGGCGCCACCACCAUGCGUCAGACUCUUACAGAGGCCACUGUGGCUAAUCAACGACAGGGCGGGAAGAAGGGACUAGAUGCUGAGGGCCUUGGCCAGAAGGUUAGGCUGGAGGAAAAACAACACUUCCCAUGUAAGAAAUGCCCUCGCAUCUUCAACAACCGCUGGUACCUGGAGAAACACAUGAACGUCACCCACAACCGUAUGCAGAUCUGCAAUAACUGUGGGAAGCGCUUCCUACUGGAGAGUGAGCUUCUGCUGCACCAACAGACUGACUGUGAGAGAAGCAUCCAGUGUGUGACCUGCGGAAAGGCCUUCAAGAAGCUGUGGUCUCUCCACGAGCACAACAAGAUUGUCCACGGCUACGCUGAGAAGAAGUUCUCCUGUGAGAUCUGCGAGAAGAAGUUUUACACCAUGGCUCACGUCAGGAAGCACAUGGUCGCCCAUACGAAGGACAUGCCAUUUACCUGCGAGACGUGUGGGAAGUCGUUCAAGCGCAGCAUGUCACUAAAGGUUCACUCUCUGCAGCACUCGGGAGAGAAACCCUUCAAGUGUGAGAGCUGCAGCGAGCGCUUCCAGUACAAAUACCAGCUGCGUUCACACAUGAGCAUCCACAUCGGACACAAACAGUUCAUGUGUCAGUGGUGCGGAAAGGACUUCAACAUGAAGCAGUACUUUGAUGAGCAUAUGAAGACACACACUGGUGAGAAGCCAUACAUCUGUGAGAUCUGCGGGAAGAGCUUCACCAGCCGGCCCAACAUGAAGCGCCACCGCCGCACUCACACCGGGGAGAAGCCGUACCCCUGCGAGGUGUGCGGCCAGCGUUUCCGCUUCUCCAACAUGCUCAAGGCUCACAGGGAGAAGUGUUUCCAUGUCAGCAACCCCAUAGUGGUCCCCAGCUGUGGAGACCCCCUCGGUUUCGACCGGCCACUAGUUUCUCCAACUACAGACUCCUCUGCUCCGAAGCAGCUGGGAACUCCCGUCUCUGACGCCACGCCCUCCGCUGCCUCCAGCCCCCAGCUCCUCCACAGCAACCAACUGUCUCUUCCUCUGCUGCACCCCAUGGGGGGGUUGCCAACUGCCUCACAUUUACCCCCACCGCCUCCCUUGUUCUCUGCUGGUAGGAUGAACUCCAACAACUAACACAUCUCUGUAGCAUUUGAAGCACUUUGUCUGGUUGCUCUUUUUUUUGUAAGAGAGACUCGCAGCGGUAGAUUGACAUUAACACAGAGGAGAGAACUGAAAAUACGCUAAAGGCUGGACUUGCCACACAGACUCAUACAGCUAGAACAAUAAUGAAAUAGAUAUUUUUUACUCUACUGAAUACAGUAUAUAACCUCAAAGUCCUUUCUGACCUAUCCCAUACAUUUUACAUCACACUUGUGAAUUUAUAGUUUUGCACAAAAUAUAGAUUGUAGCAUCCUUUAGCAAAUAACUACCUAUAAAGGAUAAGAUUGAAAUGUUAUUUUGUUCUCUGCCAGGAUGUAGCCAUCACUUCCAUUCGGACUCUGCAAUAACCAAACACUGAUUUUGACAUGUAACUGUUUGUGACAUCAUCAAUAACCAAAUCCUGUUAGCUCCCUCUCCUGGAUAAGUUAGUAAUGUAAUAUAGCAUUUAUAAUCAAUCCUGCACCUUACAAAUGCCUCUUUUGACAUUUAAAAUGUAUAAAGUCUGUUUUUGUUUUGUAUUUGUUUCCUUUUGUGGCUACCAGAGCUGUGG